AAUACAUCUCUCCCUCGCAUAUUCUCAUUCUUUUCAGAUACAAUGGCACCUCCUACAAGAAGGCUUGAAGGAAAAGUAGCACUGAUAACAGGAGGAGCAAGCGGUAUAGGGAAGUGUACUGCAAAACUCUUUGCUGAACACGGAGCCAGGCUUAUAAUCGCGGACAUACAAGACAAACUCGGUCAAGCUGUUUGUGAUGACAUAGGCUCAUCAAACUCGAUAUAUGUCCAUUGUGAUGUAACCAAUGAAGAAGAUGUCAAGAACGCUAUAGAUAUUGCGAUAACCACUUAUGGAAAACUUGACAUUAUGUUCAAUAAUGCAGGUGUUACAGAUCCCAACAAACCACACAUCAUUGAGAAUGAAAAAUCUGACUUCGAACGUGUGCUUAGUGUUAAUGUUACUGGUGUCUUUCUAGGAAUGAAACAUGCAGCUAGAGUUAUGGUUCCGGUAAAAUCAGGCUCAAUAAUCUCAACUGCUAGUGUUGGUUCGACUGUUGGUGGAGUCACGCCACAUGCAUACUGUAGCUCAAAGCAUGCCGUGGUUGGCUUGACCAAGAACUUGGCAGUAGAGCUUGGGCAAUUUGGAAUUCGAGUCAACUGUUUAUCCCCUUAUGGAAUCGCCACACCACUAGUUACAAAUUACUUUGGGCUUGAGGCAAAGGGCAUAGGGAAUGCAGAAAAGGUUGUAGAGAAUUUGAUGCAUUUAAGAGCGAACCUCAAGGGAGUGACGCUGAGAACAGAUGAUAUCGCCAAGGCUGCUCUUUUUCUAGCGAGUGAUGAAGCAAAGUACAUUAGCGGACAAAACCUAUUUAUUGAUGGUGGGUUUAGCAUCGUUAAUCAAGCAAUCUCCGACUUCAAGUUUCCAGAGAAUCUUUAAGCCAACAAGUUUGAUGUUAUUCUAUGUUUUCAAGAGUGAUAUUUGGUUGUUUUAUUGUAUGCUUAACUAGUGAGUUUGCAAAUAAAGUUCCCUUACAUGAUCUCCAUUAGAUCGAUGUAAGUUUACAAUAAGCAUAUAUGUAUCGAUUAAUGAGCAUGUCUUAUAAACCAUAAAUACUAAAAUGCAUUGUGAGGUGCUAA